AUGCCGUCAGUCAUCAUCCAGCCGACCGCAGCGCACACUGCAACCGUCAUCUUUGCUCAUGGUCUCGGCGACGAGGGAGAAAGUUGGAAACCCGGUGAACUGACAAUCCCCGCCCAACUUCCUCAUGUCAAAUGGAUCUUUCCAGAUGCGCCUGAGCAAGCGGUCACAGCAAACUUCGGCACUCGGAUGCCCUCAUGGUUUGAUAUAUCUAAUCUCCCGCUUCAACCUGGGCAGUACUUGAACAAAGUAUUCGAGGAUGACGAGAGCGUGAAGAACGGUGUUCAGAUCAUAGACGACCUGGUUCAAGCAGAAGUUAAGGCUGGAAUACCAGAAAGUCGUAUCGUCGUGGGUGGAUUCAGUCAAGGAGGAGCCCUGGCUUUGGUGGCGGGUUUGGGUGGUAAAGACUGGAGAACGAAGAGUUUCGGGGAUGAUAGCAAGCUGGCUGGUGUAGUCGUGCUGAGCGGUUGGAUGCCACUCAGAGAGAAGUUCAAGUCGCGCAUUUCCCCGCACGCCAAAUCUAUCCCGGUAUUAUGGGGACAUGGGACAGCAGAUGCAGUGAUAUAUUAUAAAGUGGGGGAGGUUUCAGUUGAAUUGCUUCAAGAUCAACUUGGUAUCGUGAAGCACGAUGCCCAUGACCAACUUGGCGCUCCUGGAAUCAACUUUCGGUCAUAUGAACGCAUGGGCCAUGCGUCAUGCAAGAAAGAGAUGGAAGACCUGGUGACAUUCUUGGGAACUGUCAUACCACAGCAAACCCAGAACCUGUGAAGCAAAAUGUUGCAAGAGACCAUAGCUCUGGUUCCAU